UGGAGGACGUCGCGGAGUCGCCGCGAACUCCGAAUGCGUCAGAAGCGGACAGCCGCUCCAGCCGGCACCUCCCGCACUACCCGCGAGCGCUCGCCCUCCAGAGCAUCAAAUGCUGCGGUGCCUGAUGCUGGCCGCCUCGGUGGUCGUCGUGCUGCUUCUUCCGGCUACCAUGGCCGAGGGCGAGUCCGCCCUGUCCGGGGAUCAAAUAGGGCGUCAGAGGUACGGCAGUCUCUGGGACACCGCGAGUCUCUGUGAUCGCUGGGUUACUUAUCAAGAAUGCGUGAGCAAUCGGCAGUGCUCCGGUGCGGCGCGGGGGUGCGACGAGGGCGACUGGAGGUGCGAGCGCAUGUACAGGGCCAACUGCGAGUGCAGCUGCAACGACCUCCCCGUGGCCGGCCUGGACCACUACGACCGCUGGGCAGAGUGCUACAGGCGCGAGGAGUGCGAGAACAAGAAGGAGGCGCACUUGCGCGGCUGCACUCACUUCGACUGCAGGUGCUCCAGGGCGUUCCUCCUGGAAAAGUGCCGGUGCGGGUGCCACCAGCCGGGAAACGUGACCAGCGACCAGAAGGGCUCCACCGCGCCCCCGACGAGCAACCCUGCAGAACCGGUCACAAGAAGCCCUCCAGAACCUGUGACAAGCAGCCCUGCAGAGCCUGCCACAAGCCGUACGGUCAAUCUCGUGACAAGUAGAAGCCACAUGCCUGUGACAAGCAGUACGGUCAAUCCCGUGACAAGUAGAAGCCCAAUGCCUGUGACAAGCAGUACGGUGGCUCCUGUGACUACCAGCCCCGCACGGCCUGUGACCAGCAGUACCGCUGCUGCCCCUGUUACUGAUCGUCCCUGCUGUCCGUCAGGGUGCUCGAUGUGGGACUAUGGGUUUGUGCUUCUGUGUGCGUGUGCGUGCGUCGUGUGCCUGUGCGCGUGCGUGUUCGCGCGCUGCACAGAGGGCCGGGACAGCAAGGUGCGCCGCGGAGAGCCGCCGCCGUCGUACCACCGGAGUCACCGGAGGGAGCCGUCGUCCGUGAGCUACCUCCCGGAGCCAGGCGUGUCCCUGUCCUCCUGGGCGGAUGGCACCGUCCGCAGCGAGGAGGCGGACCUGGUGUCGUACAUCGAACAGGCCACCGCCGAGGUCCGAGACGCCAUAAUAGUCUCGAAUACAGCCUGGGACCCACGAAGCUACAGUGCACAGAAAUGGCUCCCCGUCCAAGAGUAGGCUCUUCAAAAUCUCGACACGCUCCGAGUGAUUAAAGGCAGCGCCCAGCGAUGCGAAGGGUUGGCUGGAAACAAAAGCAGCGUACCCAGCCAGCAUACCUCUUGGAAGAAAGCACACGGGACCACAACGUGCCUCGCAAGGCGGGAGGCCUGUCAAACAAGUACUCUUUGAAAUUUAUUCUUACAACUCGAAGAAAUACUAAUAACCUUGUUGAAAAAAAAAAUGAUAAUAAAAUUUAAAAGGAGCAAGGAGCUAAUAAGGAAACAAACUUAAUGCUAUGGGUAUUUCUUUAUCACAUAAGGUAAAAAAAUGUAGAAAAAUAAAAAUCACA